GCGGGUCGCGCUGGUCCUCGGCCGGCCGGGCGGCGGCGGCGGCGACGCGACGCGGGGCAGCAUGAGGGAGCCGCUUGUGAUGGGUUGCGCCACCACAGUGGUACCAGUGAGUGGACGAUGGUGAAGCCAGCGCGCCAUGUACAGUGUGGAGGACCUGCUGAUCUCUCACGGGUACAGACCACCCCGAGACCGCCCUGGACCUCAUGGGGCCAAAGCUGAUGGACACACACAAGUGAGAACAAGGCCCAGAGGCAGCCAGGGCCUACAGAAUGGGUGUGAGGAUGGCGCCGCUACCCCAGCUCCAAGCAGGCAGGCCCCGGGGACAGGCCCUGUGAGUGCACCCAAGGGCCACCGCAGUGUGCCACGGCACCACGCAGAGCAGCACAGGACUUCUGCUUCCGGAGCUUCAGAGGCAGGAUUUUAUAAUCAACCUGCCUUAGUAUGGUCCGCUCAGUCCCAGAUCAGUAAUGACCAGGCCUGUUGGAGAAGAGGUCAGAAGACCAGCAGCUUGCUGGGCCCACGGGAUCGGGAUGACCUGGAGGUCAGAGGAAUGGCCCAACCCCACAGUCAGCCCAUGCACGUGAGAGAGGGUCCGUGGGAUGUUGGAGGAAGGACAGAGCAUGUGAUGAAGAAAGCAGUUUGGGAAGACAAGUCAAGGAUGGCAGGUCCUGCCAAGUGGCAGAAUGUAAGCCUCGAAAGCUGGAACCAGCCAAGGAAGUUGGGGAGGCAUAUGUCUGAUGGUGGUGGGGAGAAACUGUUUCAGGAUCUGUAUCCGUUCACUCAAGGAGAACAUGCACUGACUUCUCAGAACAAAAAGAAAUCCCAGUCCUUACCUCGAGUUCUUUCUCCUGAGAGCCUGAGUUAUAUGGAAAUUCCCAUUCCACUAAGUGAUGGACACUUACCAGGCAUUCCCAAAGUGCCCUCAUAUCCUCCCAAUUGUGCGCCUCAUUCAGAAUCAACCAAAAACUCUGAAAAGGCUGGUUCCUCAGCCCCCUUCCCCCGGCCUAAGUUUGGGAGACCCCUCAAGCCUCUGUACAGCUCACACGCACAGCCCAGGGGCAGGGAAUGGGGCAACCUUCAGGAUGGCCAGCAGAUGGACCUGCAGGGUUCCUGCUUGGCCAGAACCAGCAACCCUAGGCAUGAGCCCAGUGUGCCCGACUGUGGCUUGGAGCCCCCAGUUUAUGUGCCUCCACCUUCAUACAGAUCACCCCCCCAGCACAUCCCAAAUCCAUACCUGGAAGACCCGGUGCCCAGACAUGUGAGUGAUGGCCAUGGCCCACAGUACCAGCCCACUGAAAAGCCUGGGGCCAGUAGUCCACUUCCUCCUAGCUUCCCCAGAACUGGGAACGAAUAUGGUGCAAGCCCAGGCUCUCCACCAACUUUCCCUCCACAUCCUCAUCCUGUCACUGCCUAUGAAGGCUCUGUUCAGUACAUUCCCUUUGAUGAUCCACGGAUCCGCCACAUCAAACUAGCUCAGCCUCUGGGUUUCUAUGAAGAAGUGAAGCCUGAUGAUAGUUAUUAUGAUGCUUGUCCUGCGCCUGCCCCGGAGCCAGCUCAGGAGAAAAGGCACCAUGAUGGUGCCACACUGAAUGCUCAGAGCCUGACACCCCCACUGGGGACUGAGAGGGGACCAGCCUUUGUCGACCCUGGCCCACCGUGGCUCUGGGGCCAGCUCCUGAGGGAUGGAGAACAUGCAGGCUUUCCUGACCAAAGAGAACACUGUGUUGCGAGAGGCCAGCAGGCCCCAGGGGAAGGCAGCCAGCAUGGCCAUGCAGGGGGCCACGUUUCCUCCCCAGACGCACAAGGCAGUGAGAGGACCUACGAAACCCAGACCAAGCUUAGAAUGUUUGAAACUGGGAUACAGACCAAGAAAAGUUCAAAGAAAAAAACAAAUGAAACUAUAUUUUGUUUGGUUUCCAUCCCAGUUAAAUCAGAAUCCCAUCUGCCAGAGAUAGAUACGAACAACAAUGACUUGAAACAGAGUGCUGAUAAAAAGCCAGGGACUGAUAAGAGCCUAGCCUUGCAAGAACAAAGUCUACUGAGCAUGUCUUCCACUGACCUGGAGUUGCAAGCACUCACAAGAAGCAUGGCUGGAAAAACAGAGUUCCCAAAGCAAGAUCUGGGGGAACCAGAAGGAGACAAACAAACAGAUGACCUCAGAUUCAUCCACCUUGCAAAACACAGAGAGCUCAAGUUCUCUGGCUCGUGGCCAGGACACCAGUACCGGGACCAGCAAACACAAACCAGCUUCCCUGAAGAAUCUAAAAGUUCACAGCUCCUCCCUGCUUCAACACCGGGCGAGUUGAGUAGCACAGCCCCAACCCCAAAAUGUUUAGACCCCACUGACACUCACAUGCAUGUGCCAUUCCAGCCCAGUGACCAAAAACAGAAGACAUAUGCUCCUAACCUAAAAGGCCAGGUUUCCCUCAGCCCAUCCAGCAACAGUGCUUUUUCAAGGACUUCCCUAUCCACCAGUCAGGCACCUGUGCCAAAAGCUGGCCAGAGUCAGCCCUGCCUGGAUGUCCAUGGACAGGAAGCCAGCCCUGUCCUCAAACCAGAGGUGGUGAAGGGGGAGCCCACAGCAGGCCCCUGCAACAGUAAGCAACUGUUUGGUCAGUUUCUUCUGAAACCAGUUAGCCGGCGCCCCUGGGAUCUGAUCAGUCAGCUAGAGAGCUUUAAUAAGGAGCUUCAGGAAGAGGAAGACAGCCCUGAUGGUAGCAGUGGCAGCAGCAGUGAGGAAAAUGAGAUAGAACGACAGGAAGACUGUGUUGGUUCUAGGCCAAGGAACUGGGGCUUCUGUGAAGACAGCCAGGAAAAGAGAGUCAAGCUGCAGCCAAGGGAAUUGGCGCUGGAAGACCCAGAAUGCUGGUCAGGAAGAGUGGAAAGUGAGCCGGAGAGCUGGAGCGAGGCGCUGAAGGCUGGCCGCCUGCCUGCCCGUCCUCAGUCCCCCGGCUUCUCACAGGUGAAAGUUGGCACAGGUGACCCUUUUGAGUCAGCAGAUGAAAAUUUGGUGACAGAGAAGCGGAAGCAGGGGAUUAUAAAUGGAAUAGAUGAGCUUGAAGUCAGCCCAGGUCCUGUGAGAAGGGUGAUAUCUUCAAGACCGAGUGACAGAAUCCCCGUUGUCCCUUCCUGGCUGGCUGAACCAAGGGAGCCAGCAGCAAGUGAGAAACUCACUGAUGCUUUAAGUUCUGCGCAGCUGAGCAGAGAGGUCCCUCUGGAGGUUGACAGUGCUGAGGAAAGGGAUACAGGGGUCCUGCUAACCCUUACCAACAAAAGCCGAGGCCUCUCUGCACCAGACUUGAGGUCUGUUGGGCUCAUGAUGAGACCUGAACCGAGUGCCAGUGAGUUAGACAGGCCUCUGGGUGAAGGGAGUACAGUAGAAAUCCCCCCAAGCGAGUCACUGCAGGCGAGGGCAGCAAGGAUCCUGGGCAUUGAGGUGGCUAUGGAGUCCCUGCUGCCAGGUACCAGGACAGCAGGACCUAACCAGUCACCUGAGCCUGAUGCAAGUGCCUGCAGCCUGGCUCCUCCCAGGGAAGAGCCCUUACCCAGCUCAGCAACGUCCUUCAGCCCCACAGCGACCACAGAUUCCUUCUAUGGCAGAAGGAAGUGUGGCUGGACCCAGAGCCCCCUCUUUGUCGGGGAAAGGGCUCCCCAGGUUUCUGAGCACUCAGUUAUGGAUGAGGUCCUCACCAGCCAAGACACUAGACCUGAGCCUCAGCUUGGCACCCUGGAGUCCAAGUCUUUGGAGCAAAAGCUUAUGGGGCCAAAACCACCCUUCAGGUCCACAUUGUUCCAUGUUAUAGAAAGGACCCCAAAUGUGUCAGGUUUGGAAAAGAGGCUCAGAAGCCCUUCCAAAGUGAUUGAAAGUUUGCAAGAGAAACUGACAUCCCCCACAAGGAGGGCAGACCCUGGCCGCCUGAUAAGAAUGAAGGAGGUGAGCUCCGUAUCACGGAUGAGGAGCCUGAGCUUCCGAAACACAGAGUCCACAGAGGAGGCUGAGGAGCUGAAGGCCGAGAGGGGCCAGGCCUGGCAGCCCCAGGGCCCCACGCCCCUGAGCCGAGGGGACCAGGUGUGGAGAGUAGGGCACCCGCCUUCCAUCUCCAAGGGCAUCGUCACCUUUGAAGAAAAUGGGCACGUGGUAGUCCAGAGCAAGAAGAGCAAGGGUCAAGACUUCUGGUGCCCAGAGUCCUAUGACCCCAGCAGAGUGGAGAGAGUGUGACGUAAUACCAGUAAGGCCCAGGACCACCUUGGUUUGCUGACUGAGUAUUUUCUGGUGUAGUCUGUCCUGCCAUCAGAAGGCAGAAACUGCUGGGUUUUAGUGUCCCAAUUUCCCUUCCAUCGGCAUCUGUGGAGAUGAAGCAACAGUCCACUGAAACCAUCUGUUUUUAUAGCAUGAAGAUCUAAUGCUUAUAUUCAGAAAAAGUUUUCUCAUAAACCCUACUUCCUGAUGCAUUGGCCAUGCUGGCAAAUAGUUAGGUGUUGCUCUGUAUCUGUGUGGGAACUGAAGUGUGGCAGCCACUGCGAGCAAGCCGAGAGCACCAUGAGCGCCCUCAUCUGGCGCGCUCUGUAGGGCUGCAGCCCGGGCUCUUGCCCAGGGGCGGGGGUGUAGGCCUUUGCCUGGUGUUUUGGCACUUUGAGCUGAGGGAGAAUGUGAGUGAAUACCUAGGACCCAUUUCUAAUCAAUUUGGCCUUCUGCUGCUGGAAGUGACUUGACUUAUAAGUAACUUGCCAUCAGAGAAUAAAAGCAAUAUCUUAAUUCCUAAACGAUGACACUUGUAAUAUACUAGAGUAUUAUUUAUCUGGCAAUGAAAUGCUUUGAUCGUUUGCAAAUAUGCCAUUGUCUGCUUUGCACUCAGUAUUAUCUAUUUUUAUUUUCUGUAUGGAUGUUUAGAAAUUCUUUAUAUGAAAAAUAAUUGCUGGUUUAAAAGAGACCAUUUUAACAAAGUGACUAUAUUUCUUUUUACAAAAUUGCUAUUUUUCUAUGAUGUAAACAGUUGUUAGGUGGCAGAUUUUUAAGGAAGUGUUAUUUUAUUUAAGAGUAUACCCUUGUGUGUGAGAGGAGCUCAGAGAGAGUUCACUUUCACUCAAAGCCCAAGUCCCCGACCUGCUUGCAUCCUGCCACUUUUAUUUUAGGAAAUGUCAGUAUAGGCUUACCACGACAUUAAGAAACUUUGUUUUGCAGGGGAUUUUUUUUUUAAAUAAAUGUAGCUGUAAGAUUAUAUUUGAAAAUAACCCUCUCAAAGACCAGUCCACAUCCCUUGACAGUUUAGCUGCCAUCUCAACUAGAAUUACCAAAAAACCCCACAUCGUUUCAUCUUUUUAUGUCUGUUAGGAUCUUCUCUGUGACUGGCCUUUCUUUCACAAAUCCCCCACCCUGUCUCUUUAAAGAAAUCUGUAUUUUGUAUUUUUAAUCUAGAAUGAUCCUGAAUUAGCCUCAUAUACAUUUAAAAGUGUUUGGCACAUAUAUAGGCGUAGGCCAUUACAGAAGCAUUAUGAGGCCCAUGUAUCCUACUGUGUUUAAUACUGCAUUAACCUGCACAGUUUGUGCAUUUUUAUGCAUUUGUCCCUCCCUUCUAAGUAAGGUGUUUUUGCUAGCUCACAUUCUCUAAAUAAUUUCUGUCUCCUUUCCUUUCUUCCUCCCAUGCCCCUCUCCUUUAAUUUUUUUUUUUUUUUUCUUGAGAUACUGGUAACUUUAUUUCUGAACAUUUCAAAUUCCUAAAAUGUGAACUGUUGGCCACUCUGUCCUUUGGCCCUGAGCUACGCUUUUGUAGCCCAUUCUUAGCUAUACCAGAUGAUUUUAUUUCCUAAAGACCUUAUGUGUUUGGACUUUGACAAACAGAACGGAGUCUAGGUAAUGCUGAUGGAUCUCUUCCAUACACUCCACCUGCUGUCUUGGUUCCCACCCGCUCCACACAGGGAUCUCUUAUAAGAAAAUUCUAACUUCCUCUUCAGUUUUGUUGACAGUGUCUAAAGACCUAUUUUAAACAAAAUAUUAAAUUUGCUCUUGUUCCUCAGAAGAAAGAAGAUCCUCAAAAAAAAAGUUUGCCUUAUAUGUAUCUCAAACAGCUCAAAAUACAGUGCUCUUCUGUUUUGUUUUAUUCUAAAUUGCUGUAUCUUAUCUUUGUGAAUCCAUUCUGAAUUUUGUUAAAAUUACUAAUAUUUAAACUUAAAGCUUUAUUUUUUCUGGAUUCAAUCCUGUAUGUCAAUUUUUAAGGAGAAAAGGUGACUUAAAAAGUUAGUAACUUGAAAAUUUGUCUUGUGAACUUUAAUAUUCUGAGGUAAAUAAUAGUCGUUAAGAAGGAAUAGAUUUCCCAUAGGUUUUGAAUACUCUUUUUUUUUUCAUUAUGUCUGUUUCUCAUACGUGUACAACUGUGGCUGGAAAAAAGGCCUCAUACCUUGUGUUUGUCAUUGUUUUUCUCAUACACAUGAUUUCAUGUUGGUGUUCAAUAAUUUGGAGCUUAUAAAAUUAAAGGUCCUAAUUUUGGCCAUUUAAACCAAA